GCAGCCAAAACAAAACGGAAAACGCUGCAAAACACCGAAUUUUUCGACAUAAAGAAAACUCAGCGUUGAAGGAAGGAAGCAAGGACGAGGAUUCAGCACCUGCAAAAGGAGCGGAAAAUUGCAAGACAAGUGUUGUGCGGAUUUUCGCGGAAAACCAGGAAGUGGGCAAAAAAAGGGAGAAAGGAAACAGAAUAGCCUGAGAGGACUCGCAGCUGGAGAGCUAUUUGAAUCUGAAUCCGGGUCCUCGCAGCUGGUCUUGGCCAUGAACUUCUACGACGAGGAGAUCACAAUCAGCGGACCCGACUCCAAGCAUCUGAGCAGUGUUCAGAUGGAGCCGCGAAAUGGUGGACCCCAACGAGGGGGCAGGGGGGGUGCCGCAGGAGGAGGAGGAGCAGUGGGCGGAGAGGGAGAGGCAGGAGGCGCCACUGGAGGAGCACAAAGAGCAGCCGCUGGCAGGCAUCGUCGAAUGCAAUUUCAAAGCAACUCUACGGACGACGAUGGCCUACUGCAGGACAUAAUUGAUCACGAUGACGAGGCGGAUGACAGCGAUGAUGAUGAUGACAGCGAGAUGCAGUUGCCCCAAGGUAUGACCAUGGGUGUGGGGAUGACGGGUCUGGUGCCAGGACCCCGCACCCAAAAGCGCCCGGACAGCAAUCGGAGUUCGAAGCAUCCGCAGGAUGACACCAUGAGUUCCGGCAGCGACGAGGCAGCUGUGGGUGGAGGAAUGGGAUCGGGAGGAGCCAGAGGUGGUGCCAAGCUACCGCACCAAAAGUUAACCCUGCCCAUGAGGAGCAGUGCUGGGGGAGGAGGAAGAUCCGAGCGACAGGAUGAACAAUCCUUCAAUAUUAGUCCGGAUAAAUGGGAAGAACUACCCUUACCCGGGGAACUCAAGGAUCUUUUUCCCUAUAUUGUUAAAUACACCCCACAGACAAUCGACACUCCGUUUCAUCUGCAACCCUUUAUCCCGGAAUUUGUACCCGCUGUGGGGGAUGUGGAUGCCCUUCUGAAGGUACAGGCUCCUCCACUUCUGCAACCACAAAGGCAAAAAGAGUUGAACGAUCACUUGGAAAAAUUGGGCUUAUGGUUGCUCGACGAACCAUCUGGUACUCAAAGUGAACCCAGUCUCCUGAAUAUGAAACUCCGAUCGGUACUAAGUGGAAGCAUGGGCCGUAAUCCCCGUCAUGCCUCCUCCGCCUCUCUAGUUCCCACCGCCCGAUCGGCCAAGGAUAUAGACAAAUGGAUCUCGGAGGUGGAACAGGUGCACAUGACUCAAUCCAUGUACGAUGCUCAGCCCAGAAAGGAUAUAGAUGCGCUCUUGGAGGAUUGGCCAAGAUCUUUUGGCGAUGAUGAGACCAAGAAUGCCUUAGAUCAGGCCUACAGAUCCUGCCUCCAGCAAAAUAUUUCUUUAGCUGACUAUGUGAGAGUGCUUUGCGAGAGAUUCGGAGUGGAAGGACCCCUGGAGACACAGGCGGACUACAUCCACAAUGUCCAGACACUCUUUGCUCUUUACUUGGCCGCAAGUCAGGCGUGGGAGUAGGCUGACCAAAAAUUUUUAGAAAAAACCGAAAAACAUGUAUAACUUAAAGUAAAUA